CGUGAAAUUGACAGCUGAUCGGUUCGACAUAACCUUAAACUUGCACCGAAAAUAAAGAAGAUUGCGCGUGCAUCCCGCAUUCUUUUCAUGUUAAUUUAACGCUUCCAAUUAUGUAAUACUCGCAAACAAAACAAAUUUUGGGUGGUACGUGGUACCUUAUUUUACACACCUUGCAAAUUAUAGGCGGGAAAUUCAAAUUCAAAUCCAAAAUGCUCGCAAGUCGUCUGCGGCGGUGUCUACGAAUUAGGGCCCUACACACAAGCGCUUGUCGUUACAACGACGACCCAAAAAAGGAAUCGCCCCUUAAGGCGAUGUUAGAUGAUGCCGCAUCGUUUGAUGAUGUACAGGUGAACAAAGCACAGCAGCAGUGGGCCACCUUACCUUACCUGGAAGGGACGAAGAUACGCAAACAGGGAGAGUACUACAAGAAAGCUAAACGCGAUCCGAAGGAUGCCAGUAUAAUUUUAUUUCCGGGACAGGGCAAUCAGUUCGUGGGAAUGGGAAAGGACCUCCUGAAGUUCCCGAUCGUUCGGGACUUAUUCGAGUUAGCCAACUAUGUCUUAGGGUACAAUUUAUUAAAGUUGUGCAUUGAGGGUCCGAAACAGAAGCUGGAUCAGACGCGGUACUGUCAACCGGCGACUGUGGUGACGUCGCUUGCAGCAAUUGAAAGGUUAAAGGAGGAACGACCGAGCGCUAUCGAUAACUGUGUGGCUACUGCCGGAUACAGUUUAGGGGAGAUAACUGCAUUGAUUUUUGCAGGUGCCAUAGGUUUCGAAAGGGGUUUACAGCUGGUAAAAAUACGGGCCGAGGCUAUGCAGUUGGCCAGUGAGGUGUAUCAAGGUGGAAUGGCCAUGGUCUUUUAUAAACCAGAUACAAAUUUAAAUAAUGCCUUAACGCAAGCAAAGGAUUGGGCCUUGGCAAGGGGUGCUGAACAACCUGUCUGUCAGAUAGCCACUUACGCUUUUCCACAUUGUAAGAUAGUAGCAGGGAGUAUAGAGGCAAUAGAAUUUUUAGAAAAAAAUUACAAAGAGCUCAAACUGAAAAGGAUCAGACGGUUACAAGUGAGUGGGGCGUUCCAUACCGCUCUGAUGGAUCCGGCGAUCAAACCGUUUGCGCGAGCUCUCGAGACAUCGGACAUAUCUGAUCCGGUCAUUAGUGUUUAUUCUAACGUGGAUGGUAAAGUCUACAGAGACGCGAAACAUAUUAAAAAGCAGCUCCCAAAACAAAUUGUUAGGCCCAUAAAGUGGGAACAAUUGUUGCAUACGGUUUACGAACGUGAUCCUGAGGAACAUUUUCCACGUACAUUCGAAUGUGGUCCAGGGACUUCGUUGAAAACCAUGCUGAAGGAAGUGAAUGCGAAAGCUUGGGAUCAGUGUUUUAGUAUAGAAGCAUAAGUGUAAAAAUAGUAAAUUUUGCAAUUUA